AUCUUUCCAGAUUACAUAGUAAUCAUAAGUCUCCCCCCACGCCAUAUGGUGGAUCUAUCUCCACCGGCCAUUCAUAAAUGCCCUGAUUAAUCGGAUAUUCCCCGUUGUAUAUCCCUCACACCUUCUCUGUUCUUCGUUUCUUCUUCCUUUCCUUCCCCUCUUCUCCCCGCAGGAUACUCUUUUCCUUGACAUCAUCGCCAUCAUGCCCGCCGCAUUGCUGAUCGGUGCCAUCACCCAUUCCAUCCCCGAAUGGAAUGAUCUCUCCUCUAUUCUGACCUUGAAGGAAUUCCCCUCCGGAACUCGCGAGGACUUUCUCCGCAAUUGUCGCGACGGCCAGUAUGACGAUGUUGUGGCCAUCUAUCGCUCCAAUACUUCUACGAAGUUCACCGGCCCAUUCGACGCAGAACUAGUCUCCGUCCUGCCCUCCUCACUCAAGUACAUCGCCCACAAUGGCGCAGGCUACGAUAACAUCGACGUCGCGGCCUGCACAAAGAAAGGAAUCGCUGUCUCUAGCACCCCCGUUGCUGUCAACAACGCCACCGCCGACGUGGCCAUCUUCCUAAUGAUUGGCGCAUUGCGACAGGCAUAUAUUCCUGUCUCGUCUCUCCGCGAAGGAAAGUUUCUCGGCCAAACUGGCCUCGGGCAUGAUCCCCAGAACAAGGUGCUUGGAAUUCUCGGCAUGGGAGGAAUCGGCCGUGAGGUGGCUCGUCGUGCGCGCGCCUUUGGAAUGACUAUCCAGUAUCAUAACCGGUCGCGUCUGUCCCCGGAACUCGAGGACGGAGCGACCUACGUCUCGUUCGAUGAGCUACUCGCUAAUGCUGAUGUGUUGAGUUUGAACCUGGCGCUCAAUGCGUCCACCCGUCACAUUAUCGGCAAGUCAGAGUUUCAGAAGAUGAAGGAUGGAGUUAUCAUUGUUAACACGGCGCGUGGAGCGCUGAUUGAUGAGAAGGCCUUGGUUGAGGCGCUGGAGUCGGGCAAGGUAUGGUCGGCUGGACUGGAUGUCUACGAGAAUGAACCCGCAAUCGAGCCGGGGUUGGUGAACAACCCUCGGGUCAUGCUGCUGCCGCAUAUUGGUACCAUGACUUAUGAGACGCAACGAGAGAUGGAGUUGCUCGUGUUGAAUAACCUGCGCUCCGGCGUGGAAACAGGGAAGAUGAUUACUUUGGACGCAUCACACGACCCCGAAAGCCUCACCCUACAAAGUCCACUAUUUCCACCCGUAUAUCCAAUCCUGCAGCGCAUACCCACUUACACCCUCCCCCGGAACGCCAAGGACAAGAAACAGAAGGCCACCCCCCAGCCUGGGCCGAGACCCGACCUCUGCGACGCCCUGCCCUGGUUCCGUUCCGUGCAAGGCGGAGUCUACCACAACGGGAACAUAUGCUGGGGAUUUCUAAUCGAUGCGGAUUGCGGGAUACGGUCGUAUUUGGAUGAUGAGGUGGUUAUUACUCGUGUCGGAGGCGGCUGCACCAAGGAUGCAAACGGGAACUUAGUGCUCAUCAAGGACCAGGAUGGAGAUAGUGCGGCGAUGAGCAGUAUACUGAAUAGUAUGGAGCUGAAGGUGCCAGUGGGGAUUGUUAUUGGAAACCGCAAUACCCUCCUACCCAGAUCCCUCCCGCACCGAUACAACGUCAUGGCGUAUUUCCGGAUCACGCACGUGUGGUACGAGCGCAUCGGUAGAAGAACGGGUGCGAAAGUCCGGUUCGAGAAGUUGGAUCUGGGUAGUAAGAGCUGGUGGGCUGCGAAGCACUCCCGGCCUCCCCUGGAGAGGAAGAAGAGGGAUUAUGCGAUGCAGGCAGAGCAAGCCCGCUGCGAAGCGUGCGAUCAAUACAGUAUACGCAUAUACGAUCAGGGCUGGAUGUGUCUGCAGCCAUCUUGUAAACUCUUCUGGAUGAUCAGUGGCUCGUCUUCAGAACCAACGGACCUCACCUUCCACGAAAAAUUCCUCAAAUCCCGUCUUCCCCCGGACCCGACCAUCCAGCCACAUUACAGCCUCGUACCGGACUUACUUUCCACACUGAAAGAUGCUGAUAGCGAUGCGUUGUCGAAGAGAAUUACUUGGAAAGGGAUCAUAUGUCCCCUCUGCAAGCGGUGCAUUUCCCGGCGGUAUUGGUGGGGAUGGCGAUGCGCUGAUGACGAUUCCGUCUGGGACAGGAAGUUGAAGUGCCCCUUUGAGCACAUUCUACCCAUACGACCUAUCGCUCUGCGAUGGGUGAUUGAUGACAUGGAAACAAGCCCCAUUAAGCGUGCGCUUAGCUGGGAUGCGAAGUUCAUGGUGCCAGAGGUUGAUGAUGUAUCUCUGUAUCCGUAUAGAAAGCUCACGUAUACUAUUCCCGGGGUGGGGAGUAUCAUGCAUUUAGUUGCGAAUCGCGAGAUAAAUACCCGGCGUAAUGGGCCGGAUGAGCUGUUUGGGCAGUUGCAGUGCGAAAAGUUGGGGUUGAGGAGGUAUCCGUUAGCGCAGAGUGUGGUUGCCGGGACGUUGACUGCUCAUUUCGCUGUUAAUUAUGGCAUGCCAUACAAAUACGUCGUCUCCGUCUCCUCCAAGUCCUUCAACGAAGCCUGUCCCCCAAUCCUGCGAGCCAUGGGCCGCCUAACCUGGGCCAGCAAGCAAGCCCAUCUCGCCACUGGGGAUACCUUUCUCCCGCCAAAUGAAAUGCUCCUGUUGGGGUAUCUCGAAGAUAUGAGAAUCGGGUACCACGACGACGGCGAAUCCUCCCUCGGUCCAACAAUCUCCACCCUCUCCCUAGGCGCAAAAUCCACCAUGCUCGUGCGUAUGAAGUACAAAUACUACCAUGGCUACAGCAGAGCGAAGAAACUCCUGGAAGAGGAUCCGGUCUUGCCUGGAUGUAAGAACUAUCUCCGGCGGAGGGAGCUCAAGGCAGGGUUACUGGGUGGGAGUAUUGAUCGCGAGGGAUAUGAUGAGUUGAGGCGUGAGGGGUUGAGUAUGAAGAAAGGUGGUACUGGUGGGGGAGGGGAGGCGACGCCGUGUAUUAAGAUGGAGGUGAAUCAUGGUGAUUUGGUGGUAAUGCAUGGGGAGGGGUUGCAGAAGUUUUUUGAGCAUUCGGUUAUUCCGGAUAAAAGGUUGAGGUUUGCGUUGACGGCGAGGUAUAUUAAACCUGAGUCUGUGGGAGUCGAGGAGAUGGAGAAGGGGAGGUUGGAGUUGGGGAGGGAAUGGGCUUAUGAUGGGAAGUAG